CAGUGACGUCAUUAACGCGCGACGCUCCCUACAGAGGAAAAGACACACGCGUGUUUUUGACGGACCAGGAUCCAGACCCGAGUCCAGUCUUCGGUCCACUUGUACCGGGUUGUGAUGGCGGACACCAGCCGGCUGUGCUCCGUGUGGCUCGGCUCUGAGACCGGCAUCCUGAAGGGGGUCAGUCUGACCCGGAAACAGGCCUUUAACUUCUGCAACACGAGCCACCUGAGCCGGGACCAGGAGAUCCGCGCGCUGUGCUGGGGGGACCCGGAUGAGAGCGAGCUGCUGGUCGGGUCCGCGGACGGAACCGUGAAGACCUUCAGCACCGAGAAGGGGGUCUUCACGGAGACCCGGCGCUGCGGAGACCCCGUUACCGACGGCCCCUUCACCGGGCUGGCUGCGCUGAUGAGCGGCUCCUCGUCGGUGGUCACCUGCGUGGAGAGCGGGGCGGUGCGGGUCUGGCGCGAGGACGGAGGGGACGAGCCCGUCACGGAGCUGCACGCGGGGAAGAACGUGUGCCGGAUGCGACAGAGCCCGGUUAACCGGCACGUGUUCGCGACCGGCGGUAAGGAGAACGGGCUGAAGAUCUGGGACCUGCAGAAACCCGAGAGCCCCGUGUUCACCGCGAAGAACCUGCGGGACGACUGGCUGGACCUACGGAGGCCGCAGUGGGUCAGAGACGUGGCCUUCAUCCCGGACUCUGACAAAGUGGUCACGUGCACAGGUUACCAUCAGGUCCACGUGUUCGAUCCCUCCUCCCCUCAGCGGCGUCCCGUCCUGGAGGUGGAGUACGGCGAGUACCCGCUCACCGCUCUGUCCCUGCCCGCCGCUGGCGGCACGGUGGUGGUGGGAAACACCCACGGCGAGAUCGCCGUGCUGGACCUGAGGAAAGGGGUCGUCCGGGGCUGCCUGAAGGGGCUGGCGGGGGGGGUGCGGUCGCUGCAGUGUCACCCGUCCCGGCCCGAGGUGGCGUCCUGCGGCCUGGACCGCUUCCUCCGCAUCCACGGCCUGGAGGACCGCAAGCUGCAGCACAAGGUCUACCUCAAGUCCAGACUCAACUGUGUCCUGCUCGCCAGCAGAGACCUGGGGGACGGAGGGGGGGCGGGGGAGGGGGAGGUGAAGGAGGAAGACGGGGGAGAGGAUGACGACGACGACGUGUGGGAGACCAUGGAGCGGGUGGAGGAGAAGACGAAGAGGAAAACAACAGAAGAAGAAGAGGAGCUGCAGAAGAAGAGAAAGAAAGGACAGGACUGAGGGGCGUUUGAGGCCUGAUCAGAGUGUGGGACAUUUCAGCGAUAAAAAAAGUUAGUUUAUUGAUCGGAGACCAAGCUGUCUCUACAGAUGUAUUUUGUGAUAUUUUGUCAGCAGCCUGAAUCUUUAUUAAAACAAGUGUUCUAUAUGUCAAAUAUACUUCUGUUCCUUCUAAAUGACACGUUUUCAGAACUCUUAAGAACAAAAACAUUCAAAAACCGAGUUAUGAUCGCUACAAUUCAGCACAUGUGAAUAUAUUAAGUCAUUAAAAUAAGCUCCGCCUUUAAAGUGAGAAACGUAAUAUUAUAACUUGUAUUAUUCUGCAUAAUGAGUACUUUCAGUUAUGGUACUUGAAGUAUAUUUAAAGUUCAUGUG